AUGAACCCAACAGGGUCCGCUCACCUGUUAGUGUGUUAGUGAGGCAUUUAGAAUUUGACCCAAUAAUAGAACUUGUGGCAAACACUGCCCUCCUCUCUCUAUAGUUAUAAAUAGGUGAGCAUAAAGGGAUACGAAUUUGGCAUGAUUUCCACCUACUUUGACGAUAACCUUAGCAUUUGAAUUGAAAUCGUUUUCAGGCUUGGAAGUCCAACGACAUUUCAGGAAGUUGAGUUGGGAAGAUCUUGAGGCUGACAUUUUCCUCAAUGUGAUGAGGGUCUGAUUUUGAAAAGAUAGUGCUUUUGCCUUGAGCCAUCCGGGAAUCUAAAAACUUCAAUACUCAUGACUUCAGUACCAUUUUUUUCGAAAAUUUGCAUCAAAUUCAAGCUUACUCGAUGUGUGCGAUCCUCUGGUCGUCUUAAAAUCUAAGCUCCUCGCCACAAGUGAUUCCUAUCUGCGUAUUGUGUUUACUCCCACCUAUUCUAAGUUUAAACAGCAUGCUUACAUUCUCUUCCAUGACCCCGUAGCCAUCCAUCACUGAUUCAACUGCCAGAACUGGCUACGAGCCCAGCUGUUUAUCAAACUGACUAUGUGUUUCCCAGGGUUGAGCUCAUGGUAAUUUUGGGCCAUAAACUGCCAUGUUUUCAUACAUUUUUAUUGAAUCAUCAUCGCGGACACAUAUCACGAAUUUAUUUUUUAAAACAUUUAAAAAAUAUGAAUACCCGACCCACAAGAAAGCGUUCUUAUUAUGUGACACCACCAAAUUUCGUUUCGUUUUGUUUCGUUUCGUUUCGUUUCUGUCAUUCUUCGCUUACUUAGCGCUUGUGAUCUUCACUUUCCUGACGACCUUAGGUCGGACAGUAAUUAUAUCCCAACUUGUCUGCUUCUCUGUAAACGUCUUCACUAAGUUGUGUAAUGUCGUAUCACUUGUUGCUGCGAGUGGAGGUCUCUAACAAUCAGAUGAUUCUGACUGUUGCAUUUCUCAGCAGCUGAGCAAAUAACAGAAAAAACUACCUUAGUAUUCCUUGCGUAUCUCCCCUCUGAAUUGGAGUUUGUCUUCCCUCCUUCCCUCCCCUGCAGAGAACUCGUCUGCGAAGGUCUGAUCCCCGGGCUGCCGGACGAGCUCGCCCUGAUGUGCUUAGCCACCCUAUCCCACGGGCACCAUGGGGUCCUCGAAUGCGUCUCGAGGAGGUGGAGGGACGCGCUGAGGAGCGAGGAGUACUCGCGGCUCAAGGCCAGGGAGGGCCUCUGCGGCGACUGGCUGUUCGUUCUGACGGACGAGAAGCCCGGCAUGCGCUGGAGCGCCUACGACCCCGGCGCGGACCGGUGGCACGCGCUGCCGCCGGCGCCGGGAACCGACCCCCGGAGCACCCACUGCGGGUUCGCCUGCGUCGCCCUGCGAGAGCGGUUUCUGGUGCUGGGCGGGUACCCCGUGAGGCCCCCGCUGGAGGAGCACGGCGGCGGCGGCGGCUGCUCCUCCUACCGGCGCCCGGCGGCGACGCGCGAGGUGAUGAGCUUCGACCCGUACAGGAAUCGGUGGAGCGAGGUCGCGGGGAUGAGGACCCCGCGGUGCGACUUCGCCUGCUCCGCCGUGCGCGGGCGGGUCCUCGUCGCCGGCGGGUGCGACUCGCCGGGCUCCCAGGGGCUCGCCUCCGCCGAGUCCUACGAUGUCCUCGAGGACAGGUGGGAGGACCUGCCGCCAAUGCCGACCCCGCUACGGAGCUGCUUCAGCGUCUCCCACGACGGCAGGUUCCACGUCGUCGGGCGGAGCGCCAGCGAGCCGCGACAUUUCAUCUUUGACCCCGCAUGGGGCAGUUGGGCGCCGGCGCCGGCGGCCUGGCAGCUCCACAGGCUGCCCCGCAACCCCGCGGCGGCGCUGGACGGCCGCCUGUACGCCAUCCUCGAGCGGGGCCUCGCCGCGCUCGAGGGCUCGGGCGGCGCCUGGUCGGUCCUCGAUGGCCCACCGCUGUUCGACCUGCCGGACCACCGCCGCAAGCUCCAGCCCUCCGGCUGCGGGUUCGCCGGGCUCCGGGGGAAGCUCUAUCUCGUCGGCGGCAAGGCCAUCCGCUACGACAUGGAUGCCCGCGUCUUCGACAUCGUCAAGUUCGCCUGCACCCGCUACUGCGACCCCGCCGCCGCCCCCCUCCAGUGGCGGGACGUCCGGCCGCUCUUCCGCUCUCGCGGCGCCGUCCUCGGAUGCGCCGCCCUCCAGCAGUGA